UGUUCGUACAUCCCUCCCUGUGCAAGAGACGAUCAGGAGAACUCUGAGAACGUCACGUACAAGCAGAAAUACUGGAAGGAGAAAGUGGGUUCGCAACCAUUUACAUGCUAUUUUAACCAGCACUUGAGGCCAGAUGAUGUGAUGCUGAAGCGCACCCAUGAUGAGACUGUCCUCUUGCACUGCUUCCUCUGGCCUCUGGUUACCUUCCUGGUUGGAGUCCUCAUCGUGGUCCUGACCAUCUGUGCCAAGAGCUUGGCUGUCAGGGCAGAGGCAAUAAAAAAGAAGAAGCAUUUGUAA